CCCUCCUGGCGCUGCUUCGUGUGUUUGCCUUUGUUGUCCUGUGGUCGCGGUAGAUCAUGGAGGCAGGUGAGCUCUGUCGGCUCGCUGCUCACCGCUGAGGUUUCGCGCCGCGCUGGCGGCUGGUUUUUGGGUUUUCUCCUCCCCCUUCUGCUCCGCACGGCAUGUUUUGGGAUCUGUUGGGUUUAAAGAGAGCCAGCAUCGCAGGUGAAGGCUGCAGACGUACGCCGAGCCGCCACCAUCAUUCCUGCCAGGUGAGCCGACGGAGCGGCAAGGUGUGUCGCUUAAAGGAGUUUCGGUCCAAGUUAAAGCCAGCGCUCACGAAGAAGAAGAGGAGCCGCUAAAGCCAUGUCCGCCGAGCCUCCCAGCGGCAUCCUGCUGGCAGACCCGGGACCAGGGGACGUCCCGCCGGAGGAGGACCCUCCAUCGGGGCGAACCCGGGCGGAAAAGGCACUCCCGCACCCCGCGGCGGCUUCCACGGCGGACGGACGGCAGAGGAGGAGGCUCAGGAACGGACAAGAAGCGGCCAACGGGGCUGCUGCACCUCCCGCAGGGUCCGCUAAAAGCGACCGCUCCGAGGAGGCCCCUCAGCCGGCGGCCAAGGAGGGACAGAAAGACCCCCGGGCGGAGACCGCGGACGCCCGGCAGGAGGCGGACGACGACGACAACGACGACUCGGACGACAGCGACGUGUCCGAGGUGUUUGAGGAAGAGUUUGACGAGGAGGAGGAUGAGGAGGACGAGGAGGAGCUGAGCAACGAUCAGCUUCAUUCCGGCGACUACCGCUGCAGCGUCUGCGGCCUCCAGCUGCCCUCCAAGUUUAAGCUCCAGGACCACAUGAACCUGCACACGGGGGCGCGGCCCUACUGCUGCGCCGAGUGCGGCAAGCGCUUCUGUCAGAUCUACAACUACCGGCUCCACCUGCGCACGCACGCCAAGGCCAAGGCCGAGUGCCACUGGUGUCGCAUCUGCCUGACGGGCUUCUCCUCGCAGGAGGAGCUGAAGGGCCACCUGUCCCGGACGCACUUCGAGGAGCAGUUCUACGAGUGCGACCUGUGCAAGCGCGUGUUCGCCUCGCUGAAGGAGUGCGAGAGCCACGUGCAGCUGCACAAGUGCAUGGUGAACAUCGUGUGCGAGACGUGCGGCCGCAGCUUCCGCACGGAGAAGUCGCUGGCGCGGCACAGGAAGAAGCGCUGCCUGCGCAGCUUCAAGUGCACGGACUGCGGCGAGACCUUCGCCAAGAAGAACGCCCUGCUGAAGCACAGCUUCUCGCACCUGGGCCUGCUGCCGUACACCUGCAUCCGCUGCCGCUGCCACUUCCGGCUGGCCAAGCUGUACCGGCAGCACAAGUGCGAGCCCGAGCGCAUCCACUGCGUGGCGUGCCUGAGGGAGUUCCCCAGCCAGGAGGACUUCCAGCGGCACAAGAAGGACACGGGCUGCUGGGGCAACCAGGAGCCCAGCCAGAAAACGGACGAGAUCCGCUGCUUGGAGUGCGGCCAGAGGUUCGACACCUCGGAGGAGCUGAAGAAGCACGCCGGCGCCCACCAGCGGGUGCUGAAGUGCGCCGAGUGCGGCAAGGGCUUCCGCUCGGCGCUGCUGCUGAUGUCCCACAUGGGCGGGCACGCCGGGCAGUCGCCCUGCUUCUGUCAGAGCUGUGGGCUGGGCUUCCCGCACCAGCAGAACUACGACAUCCACCUCAAAACCUGCGGGCAGACUCCGCCUGCAGGCGUUCCCAAGAAGCGUCACUCCUCGAAGAGCUCGCUACCCGGGAGGAGAGAUGUGAAGAAAGACGCUAAAGCAUCCCCUGCAGCCAACACGGGCCCCGGGGCCAACGGCGACGCUGCGCCGGCAGAGGACCCCGGCAGUCCGAGGCCACCAAGGACAGAGACGGCGUCCUGCGACUCCGGCCCGUCAGAGGGACUGUGGACCCUGACCCUGGACGAGAAGGCGCCCCCCGGCAUGAACCUAGUCGUGUUUCUUCCCGUCUGUCCGACCCAGAGCGACGAGCUGCCGGUCGGCGCCGUGCGGGCUCCGUCUCUGCUGCCGGGAGUGAACGCCGCGGUGGGAGCCUCGCUGACCCCCUGCCUGGAGCUGGAGCUGGUGACGAGCUUCACGGGGCAGGACGCGGAAACGCCCUUGGACCUGUCCAAAAAGCCCGGCUCCCCUAAACGCGCGCGGUCGGACACUCCGCUCCUUCCGGUGAAGAGCGAGCCGUGCGAAUUUGAAGUCUCGGGGCAGGACUCGGCACGGCACGGAGCGGAGGGACACACGGACGCGUGUAGCGCGGCGAAGAGGUGUAAAGUAGAGCCGGCGGUGGCGUCUCCUCUCAGCGCUCACGCGGCGUCGCCUCCUCCUCCGACCGCUGAUGCAAAGGCGGCCGCUCCCGGUCCGGACGCCGCUGCGUGGUCCUCCACGUGCAGCCAGCUGACAGAGCGCAGCCCAGAGAAAAGCAUAAAGUUGGAAAUGGACGUUUAAAGCGAGGAAGAGUAAAUCUCCCCCCCCAGCAGAGAUCACGCAUCGUACGUCGCAAUAAUAAUUCUAGACAGGACCUAGGAAUGGCACUUAUAUUCCCAGUAGUAAUAAGUAUGGCGUGCACUUGAUAUAAUACAUGAAACAGGAACUGUUCUGUCUGUCAGGCAGUUUUAUUAUAAGGAAGCGUUGUCUUAUUUGUUGCUAUGAUUCAUUUGGAGAUUUUUUUUUUUGUUGGUGGAGUUUUUGCAGGAAGUUGGCAAUAACUAAGUGAUGGGCUGUAGGUGAAACGGUGUUCAGGAGAAAUGAGACAUUCCACCGACGUGUGUCUUUCUGUGUGAACGUGUGUCCCGGCGUGUGGAGCGACGAGUUGUGCUGAAUCACUGUCAUGAAAAAUCUUCUUGGUUCUCAUUUCCUGUAUAUAUGUUUGGGUGGAAUCUUCUGUCCUUUUUUUAUGUGUGUGUGUGUGUAUUUUAUUUUAUUUUUUUAUACGACAAACGUCUCAGUAUUUAAGAAGUUACAAAUGGUACAGGUAUUAGGUCACCUUGGGAUUUACACUAUUUGUGGUAUGGAAUAAUCCAGUUGUACUCCAGUUGUUUUUCAAAGGUGAAUAAACGUUUGUUUUUGAAGC